GAUGCAGUGGAGCUUCCCAACGUCUUCCCUUUUUGAGCGACACCUAACGCAGAAAAAAUACUUUCACCCCCACGCACGCUCCUCCUUCUCCUUCUCCGCGCACCGCCAUACAGCUCUGUGUCUCGCUCCCCGAGGAAUUGACAGUCGGAUUUACGGCUGGAUUUCGUACACGGAUCCUGAAUUUUGUAGUGGAAACGGAGUUUGAGUGCAUUGCUGCUGCUGCUGCUGUUUAUAAUGGAUAAAAGGAGUUGGCCCUGGAAGAGAAAGUCUUCUGACAAGCAGGCUGCUGCUGCAUCAGACUCUUCUACAGCUGUUGCAGACACGGAUGGUGCUGCACAAGUUGACAAGGCAAAACAAGAUAACAAAAAGCCAAAGUAUGUCCAACUUUCUAUGGAAUCAUACACUCAUUUAACUGGAUUGGAGGAUAAGGUAAAGUCCUAUGAAGAGCAAGUGCAGGGGUUAGAGGAGGAAGUGAAAGAACUGAAUGAAAAGCUAUCUGAAGCCAAUGAAGAAAUGACUAACAAAGAAAACCUGGUGAAACAACAUGCCAAAGUUGCUGAAGAAGCUGUCUCAGGUUGGGAAAAGGCGGAGGCUGAAGCCGCGGCAUUGAAAAGCCAUCUGGAAUCUGUUACCUUGCUUAAGCUUACAGCUGAGGACCGGGCAUCACAUCUAGACGGAGCUCUCAAGGAAUGCAUGAGGCAGAUAAGGAACUUAAAGGAAGAACACGAACAAAAUUUGCACGAAGUUGUUCUCAACAAAACGAAGCUCUUUGACAGAAUGAAGCUGGAACUUGAAACGAAAAUAGCCAAUCUUGACCAAGAGUUAAUGAGAUCCGGAGCCGAAAACGCUGCCUUAUCAAGGUCAUUGCAAGAGCGCUCCAAUAUGCUUAUUCAGCUAAGCGAAGAAAAAUCACAAGCUGAGGCUGAGAUAGAGCGACUGAAGAGCAACAUUGAGUCCUAUGAAAAAGAAGUAAACUCCCACAAGUAUGAGCUCCAUAUUGCCAGAAAGGAAGUGGAAAUUCGAAAUGAAGAAAAGAAUAUGAGUGUCCGAUCCGCAGAAGUAGCAAACAAGCAGCAUCUUGAAGGGGUGAAGAAAAUCGCUAAGCUCGAAGCCGAGUGUCAAAGAUUAAGAGGUCUUGUUCGAAAGAAACUGCCAGGUCCAGCAGCUCUCGCACAAAUGAAGCUUGAGGUUGAAAGUUUAGGGCGCGAUUACGGGGAAUCUCGUUUAAGAAGGUCUCCGGCGAAGCCCUCAAGUCCUCACUUGUCCUCAGUCACCGAAUUUUCAUACGACAAUGGUCAGAAAUUCCUAAAAGAGAAUGAAUUGCUCACUGACCGGCUACUCGCAAUGGAGGAAGAAACAAAGAUGUUGAAGGAAGCCCUGGCGAAGCGCAACAGUGAACUGCAAGAUUCGAGAAGCAUUUGUGCUCAGACGGCAAGUAAGCUUCAAAGUUUAGAAGCACAGAUACAAGCUAAUGGUGAACAUAAAAAUCCUUUGAGACAGGUCCAUAACGACGUUAGGGAAGGUAGUAACCUGACUAGGUUUCCCUCUGUAUCAGAAGAUGGGAAUGAAGACGACGUAAGCUGUACCGGUUCGUGGUCUACUGGAUUCAUGUCGGAGGUGUCCCGUUUCAAGAAGGAAAACAACAUUGAUACCCAACAAAAGUCCGAAAGCGCAAGCCAUCUCGACCUUAUGGAUGACUUUCUGGAGAUGGAGAAAUUAGCAUAUCUAUCAAAUGGUACAGUUUCAGGUGUCGAUAUUGGAAAUGAAGCUUCGGCAGAUGCGACUUCUCAUGCACCUCCUGAGGAAGAUUCAGCCACUUCAAAUCCACAACUACAUGCAGAUCCUCUCGUGUUUGCGAAGCUGCAAUCGAAAGUCUCGUCGGUGCUCGAGUCAAUCUCGAACGAGAAAGACUUGGAAAAGGUUGUUGAGGAUAUAAGAACUGUUAUGGAGGAUAUGAAUGACAGUUUGAAUCGACAACGCGCAGACAUUGAGGGUUCCGCGAUCAAUCAAGAUUGUGAAGUUGCCGUUUCUCAGAUUUACAACUUCGUAAUAAUCCUCGGCAAGGAAGCCAAGACUCUCCCGGCGACAAGUUCCGACGCGGAUCGACUGAAUAAGGAGCUGAACAUUUUCUCUUCCAAAUACAGCCAAGAUAUCAACAAAGAUCUCAACUUGACGGAUUUCGUUGUUGAUGUUUCUCGAGUGCUAAGCAAAGCUAGUGAGCUGCACUUCAACGUUUUGGGGUUCAAAAGCAAUGAAGUCGAGACGGGGAGUUCCGAUUGUAUUGACAAGAUCGCACUACCGGAGAACAAGGCCAUCGUGGAUACUUCCGGAGACAGGUAUCCAAAUGGCUGCGCUACUCACUACCCCGAUUCUGCAUCCGAUCCCGACGUUCCAAACAACGGAAAUCUUGUCCCGACCUCCGAAUCAACGGCCUCCUCAUGGAAAUGCUCAAUCGAGGAGUUUGAGCAGCUGAAAUCGGACAGGGACAACGUCGCCGCCGAUCUUGCUAGAUGCACCGAGAACUUCGAAAGCACAAAGUCUCAGCUAUUCGAAACAGAGCAGCUUCUCGCCGAGGUUAAAUCACAAUUAACGUCGGCUCAGAAGUCGAACAGCUUAGCUGAAACCCAGCUCAAAUGCAUGGCGGAAUCGUACAAUUCACUCGAAUCUCGCACCGACGAGUUACAGAAGGAAGUAAACAUUCUCCAAGGGAGAAUCGAAACUCUCGAGCACGAGCUUCACGAGGAAAAAAGAUGUCACCAAGAGACUCUUAAUCGAUGCAACGAUCUUCAAGAGCAAAUCGAAAGGGUCGAAAGCAACGCAGCAGCCGACGACAACAACAAAACUAACCAGGAGAGCGAAUUAGCCGCAGCAGCUGUGAAACUAGCAGAGUGUCAAGAAACCAUAUUCCUGCUCGGCAAACAGCUUAAAGCUCUGCGACCACAAACGGAAAUUAUCAAUUCUCCGAGUCACGUAAGGAGUCCGAAGGUCGAAGACGAGCCAACUAUAAGCGACGUGAUAUUACAAGACAGCGAGUCGUGUGAGCUCGACAAAGCGGGUUCGGAGUCUCCCGUCGACCACCUGCUCAUUCCGCCGUUCAGUCCUUCCGACUCCGAUGCGAACACCUUGCUGCGAUCUCCGGUGAGCGGGAAGUAUCAGCAACACCAGUCGACGAAGUCAGGGUCGUCGUCGUCGGCUUCGUCAACACCGACGCCGGAGAAACGCGGGUUUAGCAGAUUCUUUUCGUCGAAAACUAAGAGUAGCCAGUAGCUGAUGAUCAUAGCCCUCAUGCAUCGGAAUUUAAUAAAAUUGAAUCGUUGGUUCGCCGUUGCCGGCGCCGCCGCUCUCCCGGCGACCAUUAGUCUGUCGGUUCAUUACUAUAUAUAUAUAUACAUAUAAUGUGUAGAUGAAUGAAGGAAGGAAGGAGUGGAGUGAGUUAAGGUUGUGUGGAGACUAAUGUGGUGUCCUGAAGAAGAAAAUGAUGAUUGGUAUAUGUAUGUAUGUAUGUAUUAUGUUCUGCAUUGUUGUUGCUGCGAUGAUUUUUUUUAGUAAGAUUUCUCAUUCUUCUUCA